CACUUUCCAAGUAUGAUGACGACAGGAUGAACACCUGCACGUUUUGAUGAAUGGCUGGACAAUUCCGCUAGGGGCAAUACGUACUUGAGAAUAUAGACAUGGGAGGGGGAAUCCCGAACUCAAUACAACAGCUCCCAAACAGCCAACUGUCCCCUCAGCUAGCGCAUAAUAGCAGGAUUACGCGAAUUUAGCUCAGAGACAAGUCACUCUCAGGACCAGUGUGGACCCGCCAGGCACGCAACAUCCACACAACGUCUUGUUAACGUCGUGACAAAGCCGCUCCUGUGAAUGCAGUCUCACCGGCACGGCUCGGCGCCAGACUUUGGCAGAAUGCAGCAGGGCUACAGCCUGCAGCCGGCCGGCCACGCCUCCAGAGGCCACGCCCGCCCUCGCAGCGACAGCAGCGGAGCUGUGUUUGGUGUACGGAUCCAGGUCCAGGGGGUGGAGGGUCGUCCUUAUGUGGUCAUGAAUAACGGGGAUAGUAGGGCACCUCUGCCCUCUGGUGGCCUGGAAACCUACAGCAGGAACUGGGACCACCAGGAAGUCUCUGUCAUAUCCCACAGCCAGUCAGAGUACACCAUAGCCUCCGUGGGGAGUGAGAGGUCUCCUAUGGGUAGUCCCUAUGCCGAGCGUAGACCUCCCAACCACCAGGGGGAGUAUGCACUCGGGGGUUCUCUGAGUGAGGUUAGGGAGUCCCAGAGGACCCCGCUGCCAUCCUCCACAUCCACGUUCGACUUCUCGGACUCGGCUUUACAGCAGUUGCAGAGGAGCCCGUCACCAUCGAACACUGCGCUGAACUACCAGAGACACCCAGAGCUGCUGAAACCCUACGACCCGGAAAGGAACAGCCUGGGGCCCCUUCUCUCCACCACCCAGAGAGUUUCUGCUCCCUCUGCUCAGGUAGCCUCUGUGCCCAGGACCGGCCAUCUAACCAGGGUCCUUCAGAGUGUGGAUGGGGCCACCCAGGCCCCAGCAUGUGGGUCUAAACCAGCCAGAAUCCCUCUGCCUGCUGAAGGUCUGGAGAGAGCCCAGAGCCCUGGACCUGUCUCGGCGCCAACUCCCCGCCACCCUUCAUUGGCCGCCCUGCUAAGCCCCCCGAAAGAGGUCACCAACGUCUCCAGGAGGUCUCCGAACUCGGUGGACGCGGAGCCCAUCUCCUCAGUAGGCAAUCUCAUCAGCCAGUUCAACAGCCCCCAGCAGACAGGUCGGUCCGGGCCGAGACGAGGGAGGAUCGCCCGGGAGGACCGGACCCGCUCGCGUAGCAUGGACAGCACCCGACGGUGGACCUCCGAACCCCUGGACCCCUCUAGCCCUGCGUCGCCUAUUUUAGGCACCGGGGAAGAAACGUCUGCUGGCGUUGCCGGCGUUCCUGGGUCCCCGAAGGCGCAAGGGCCCAAUGGAGCUUCCGCUCUGAAUGGAGCCUCCACUCUGGUGCUCAAUAAGCUCCGGUGGGAGGAGCAGGAGCCUGACAGUACGUCGCCCAGGAUGCCGAAGGGACGCUACAGGGUGGAGAAGACUUCACUGUAUCGCACCAGAUCCAGAUCUCUCAACCAUGCCAAUGUGGAGUCAGAGAGAGAAACCCUGGUCAUCACUCCUGACAUUCUAAAGGGUCAGAGGGGUCAACAGCAGAUCUCAGCUGAACCACAGCAACCAAACGAAGACACCACUAAACAGAUCCUGUUCGCCUACCUCAAGGAAGGGACCACAGACAACACCUCCACCACUGAGAAGAAGCUGAACCUUGUUUUUGAGAGAAUCAACAAACUGAAGUGGAAGACAGCAGAGAAUGUGGAGGAGGAGUGCAGGGACUUGGCUGCUGAGGCUAAAGAGCUGCAGAAUAGAGGAGUGGAGUUGGAGAGGGAGGUUUCACAGCUGAAGAAACAGCUGGAGCAUAAGACCACGAGUGCUAGGAGUCUUGCGGAGGCGUGUGAGAAGGCCCAGACUGACUCGAAGACCCUGCAGGACGAACUGCACCAGAGACAGGAUGAACUCUCAACGCUACGGAACAGGCUGACUCAGAUGGAGACAGAGCUUGAAGUUGCCAGAGAGGAGUUGAUCCAGGUGAAGGCGGAGAGGGAACAGGGCCGCAACGAGAUGAAGGACCUCCAGGAGCAGCUGUCCGAGAUGCAUGACGAGCUGGACCGGGCCAAGAACACAACAGAAGAAGAGAGCAUGGAGAAACAGGUCCUUCGGAAGGACCUGGUGCAGCUGCGGUCGGAAUUCCAGGAGCUCCUGCAGCUGCAGGAGGAGCAGGACGAGGUGCUGCACUGGAAGGAGAGGGAAUUGACCGCCCUGAAGGGAGCACUCAAGGAGGAGGUGGAGAGCCAUGACAAGGAGCUUGGCAUUAUGAAGGAGGUGCACAACCAGGAGGUGCAGCUGCUCAGAGAGAAGGUGGAGGAGGUGACAGAGAGUAACACUGCACUUGGCGAGGAGAAGAGGGAGGUGGAGGAGGACCGAGGGGAGGCCCAGGGCCAGCUGAAGGAGCUGAUGCAGCAGAGGGAGGACCUUAUGGGACAGGUAGAUGACCUGGAGGGGAAGGUGGAGCAGCUCAACUUCGUCGUGAAGGAGUCCAAGACCUUGCAGAGACAGCUGGUGAAAUGCAUAGAGCAACUCAAGAAGGACAAACAGCAGGUUGAGGAAACUCUAGCGGAGGUGAGGAAGAAGGAAGAUGAGAUGUGCCAGGCGAACAAGGACCUCCUUACACGCCUGGAGAAUGUGCAGAGUGAGCUGACCAAACUGAACCACGACCACAGGGAGGUGAAGGAGAGGCUGAAGGAGGAGAGUCAUCGAGCGGAGGAGCUGAACAGGAUAAAGAAUGAUCUGGAGGAGGAGAAGAGGCUGCAGGACAGCACUGUGGAUAAACUGCAAAAGGAGAUGAGUGAUAUCGUGGGGGAGUGUGAGGCCUCCACUGAGCGGCUCCAGCAGCAGGUCGACGGGGUCCGAGAGAAAAGCAACGCAGAGCUGGCUGAGCUCCGACUCCAGCUGCAGGAAAAGGGAGCGGAGCUGGAGAAAUCCCGCCAGGUGGCUAAAAGGCUGCAGGAAGAGCUGUUUCUCCUGGAGCACAGCCUGGAUCAGUGUCGCAGGGAGUCCGAGGAGGCCCAGCAGAGCAGUCGGCUGCUGGAGAGGAGGGUGGAGGAGCUGGAGGAACGGAACAUACACGCCCAGGAGGACCACGCCCGACAGCUCAAACUGAUGGAGGGUCAGAUCACCCAGCUGGAGCAGGACCUGACAGAGGAGAGGAACAGUGCUGAUCUUCUGAUGGACCGAAUGGACAAGGGGAAACAACAGAUUGAGCAGAUACGAGGUGAGCUGUUGCAGGAGAGAGCAGUGAGACAGGAUUUGGAGUGUGACAAGAUCUCUCUGGAAAGACAGAAUAAGGACCUUAAGAGCCGAGUGUCUCAUCUGGAAGGCUCCCAGAGGUCAAACCAGGAUGUUGUGGUCUCCAGGCUGGAGGGACGGAUCCAGGAGCUGGAAGGGAGGCUGCAGGGAGAGGAGAGAGACAACAUCAACCUACAACAAGCCAACCGUAAACUAGAGCGAAAGGUGAAGGAGAUGAUGAUGCGAGUGGAUGACGAACACCUGGCUAUGCAGAGCGAGAGAGACCAGCUCAACCAGAGGCUGAAGACGGCCAAGAGACAAAUGGACGAGGCUGAGGAGGAAAUAGAGCGACUGGAACACUCGAAGAAGAAACUGCAGAGAGACCUGGAUGAACAGAUUGAGACCAAUGAUGAGAUACUCGUCCAGCUCAACGCCCUGCGCGCCGAGAUGAGGCGUAAGCAGCAGAAAUCGGCCCCUCUUUUGAAGGAUGACAAUGCUGUUUAUGUGAAUGACAUCAACUCAGACUGAAAGAAGACACAAGGAAGGGAAAGGUUUCAAACAAGAUGCCCUGACUACAGCCUGAUGACAUACUCAGUCAAGUUGUUGGAUUAUUUAAAAAAGGCUGGUAACUCGCUGGCUGGCUGCCCUUCCACAUGGCUCGACUUAAACCCUCUAGCAUCUCCAAAGGAAGUGGAGUUAUAUUCCGGGAGUCAUCAGUCCAGCUUUUAUCGCUGUGAGGAUUUGGGAACGGAAAGGACUCUAUAACUUGUCCGUGUACAACUAACGAUGUUGGGAGUUUUGUGACAUUUUACUUUUUUUUUUUGUUGUGGUUGUUCUUCAACAGCUUGGGAUCAUGCAAGUUCAAGUAGAAUGGACACUAAUUCAAAGCAGUGUUUUCACUUUCUUUCAGCAUCUUUGGCGGUCAGUAGGCCUAACUAUAGCAGUGUUGUCUUUACUCCUAUAACUGCUCAUUCCAGUAAAUGUAUUAAAUAUAUUAAAAGAAAACUGUGACAAAU